AUGAAGUCCGACCAACGAAGGUACAAACCCUUUGUCGCCCACCGGAUAGGAGAGAUAGUCAGCAUCACAAAUCCAGAAGAGUGGCAUUGGGUGGGAACGAAAUGUAAUCCUGCCGAUGACCUGACAAAUUGGGGCAAGGGAACGGAGAUCAAAUCGGAGAGCCGAUGGUACCGUGGACCUGAUUUCCUAUACCGAGGAGAAGAAGAGUGGCCGAAGCAGGAUCGUCUGCGAGUUGAAGUAGCCGAAGAGCUCCGAGCGAGCGUGCUACUACACCAUAUUGUGUUGCCCGAUAGCCUGAUCGAGAGGAUGUGCCAUAUCUCGCGUUGGCCAGUGAUGGUACGAACGGUUGCUACGGUAUUCCGUUUCAUUUCGAAUUGCCGUCGCCGUAUACAGAAGAAGCCAAUUGAAGCUCUAUGGAGGAGUAGCAAGCGAUCCGGAGUACGAGUGUUCCCGAGUGUUGAAGUGCCGUUACAACAGAAAGAAUAUCUGGCGGCGGAGAACCUUCUGUGGAAAGCUGUGCAAGCGGACCAGUUCGCCGAUGAAGUGAAGACCUUGUGGAGGAAUAAGGAGCUGUCGAAAUCACAAGCAAUACCGCUCGAAAGAUCAAGUGCGUUGUAUCGUCUGGCACCGUUCCUGGAUGAGGACGGAGUUAUUCGCAUGGAAGGUAGGACCGAAGCAGCGGAGUAUGCACCGUUCGACGUCAGGUUCCCGAUCGUUCUACCAAGGGACCAUGCAGUGACGACGAGGUUGCUGGAGCACUACCAUCGAGAGUAUGGCCACAGCAGCAGGGAGAGUGUUGUGAACGAAGUUCGGCAGCGGUUCUACAUACCCAGGCUGCGGGUACAAAUCGACAAGGUUAUGCGAGCAUGUACUUGGUGCAGCAUUCGGAAGGCGAAGCCAUCUGUGCCGCGAAUGGCACCCCUGCCGAGGCAGCGCUUAGCAGCGAGGGUCGAUCCGUUUGCCUACGUAGGUAUCGACUACUUCGGGCCGCUGGAAGUGUCCAUUGGGCGAAGGAAGGAGAAAAGGUGGGUAGCACUUUUUACGUGUAUGACAACGCGUGCGGUACAUCUGGAGGUGACGUACAGCCUUACGACGGAGUCGUGUAAAAUGGCGAUCAGGAGGUUUGUGAAGCGACGCGGGAGUCCAUCCGAAAUCUUCUCCGACAAUGGCACGAAUUUCGUGGGAGCCAAUCAAGACCUGAUGAGAGAGCUGAAUGCGGGAUGUGCAGAAACAUUUACCAGUGCGAAGACCAGGUGGACGUUCAAUCCUCCCUCAGCACCACACAUGGGCGGAGCAUGGGAAAGAAUGGUCCGCUCGGUGAAGGAGGCAAUGAAGGCGUUCUUCGAUGGCAGAAAGCUGACGGACGAAAUAUUGCACACCGUGCUGAUUGAAGAGGAGAAUCUGGUGAACUCUCGUCCCCUCACAUACGUAUCCACGAACGUGAAGGAGGACCAAGAAGCUUUGACGCCGAAUCACUUCUUGCGCCGGUGUCCGGUUGCUGAGUGCUUGCCGCCGAGGAACUCGGUGGAGCUAGCUGAUACGCUGCGGUGCAGCUAUAACCGAGCGCAGUUCUUGGCGCACAAAUUUUGGGACCGUUGGCAGAAGGAGUACUUGCCCACAUUGAACAGAUCGAAAUGGAUGGUCGACCAACGUCCAGUUGUGGUUGGAGACCUAGUGUUCGUUGCUGACGGCGAAAAGCGGAACGUUUGGGAACGAGGUAUGGUGAAGGAGGUGUUCACGGGAAGUGACGGCCGAAUCCGAUCGGCGCCCGUGCAAACCUCAAAGGGAGAAAAGGUCCGGCCAGUGGCGAAGCUGGCUAUCUUGGAGCUGAAUUGUGAGGAGUAA